GCCCGGGGCGCGGGGAAAGAGGCGCCUCAGGGAAGCGUCUGGCAGCGAUGCCGCCGCUCCCUGGGCAGGCGAGGGAAGGGCGAAGGGAUCCCUGUUCCCCCGGGACUCGGGGAGGGCCGUAGCUUCGCUGGGCGCCGUGGGAAUGUGUAUCACACCGUGCGGGGCGGGCGCUCAGGGAGACCCUCCCCGGGGCAUCGUGGGGGCCGUGACCAACAGCUCCGAGUUCGUGGGGUUACGGCACUGCAGUUCCCCCGCACGGGGGGACUGGCACAGGCACGUCCCGCUCCAAGCCGCGUGUGGCCUGUGGGGUUCUCCUUGUCUCCGUAAAAUGAGGUUGCGGUGUGGUGCCAGCCCUGUGGACUGGGAACGGCUGGCUUUCUCGGCCGGAUGGAUUGCUGUAGGUACAGUAGCAUGGAACAUCCUGCUGCCUGACAGAAACGAUUACAAAAAGAACUAUUGGCAUUUCAAAAUGAUCCACCUCCAGGAAUGACUCUAGAUGAAAAGAGUGUACAAAAUUCAAUUACACAGUGGAUUGUAGACAUGGAAGGUGCUCCAGGAACGCUCUAUGAAGGGGAAAAAUUUCAGCUUUUAUUUAAGUUUAGUAGUCGGUAUCCUUUUGAUUCUCCUCAGGUCAUGUUUACUGGAGACAAUAUCCCUGUUCAUCCUCAUGUUUAUAGCAAUGGUCAUAUCUGUUUAUCCAUUCUAACGGAAGACUGGUCUCCAGCCCUCUCAGUGCAAUCUGUUUGUCUUAGCAUUAUUAGCAUGCUUUCCAGCUGCAAAGAAAAGAGGCGACCUCCAGAUAACUCAUUUUAUGUAAGAACAUGUAACAAGAAUCCAAAGAAAACAAAAUGGUGGUAUCAUGCAUUUGUCAUCCUCCACCCAGAGCUGCAGUUGGCUGUAUGUGCUUGUCUUAUCCACUCCAUUGGUGAGGAAAGAGAGAAGAAGAGGGUAGAGAUGGGCCAUGCUUUGUUUCUCUCCUCUCUUACUAGCAAUGCUUUCCUUGCUUUCCCUAGGAAAAUUCUGUACAAACGGUAGUUACUGGAAGCACAAGUACUUUGGGAAGGGAUAUGUCAGAGCAGGUAAUACUCUAUGCUUGUGCAGAACAGUUGAUUCCAUCACUGCCUCUUGCUAAAGGUUCCUCCAUAAGACAUCCUUUACUUUCAUGGCCUCCCCACUCCAGGAUAUAUUCUGUCCCUGAAGUGAAAUUAGAACAAGUAUUUUGAGGCAGUGAGAGUUAUGACUGGAGAGGCAAAUUCCAAAGUCUUCACCCCUAAAAUUCUUAAGAUUCUUGGAAGCCCAUGGAUGAUCUAACAAGAAAAACUUGAUAGUUUCAUAAUACUUGCUGAGACCCAUGGGGUUUUGACAUAUGGUAAUACAACAGAAUGAAAAACUCUGUUUCUCAUAAUACAGUAAUAGUAACUCCAAAACAAGAUGGCUUCAGGUACAGUAAGAGAAGCGCUAUAUGUCAUGAGAUUAUGGUAUAUCUAACAAACUUGGGACUAUCACGUGGUUGUUUUUAAAGUUGACUCCAAGAAUAAUAAUCAUAUUGCACACAAGGAUAGAUUUUUCAUGCUCACUAUAUUAUUCAGCAGUCACUUUCUUUUCUCUCUCUGUUUUCACACUCUUGUAAUGUGUUUGGUGCUUCUCCAUUUCUGGUUUUGGUUUCUCUUAAAUGACAGUUUUGGGAGAGAUUUUGUUAACUUUCUAUUUUCACUUUCUUUUAAAGAGAAACAGGUAAAAUUCAAUUUAUUUGCUUUAUCUUGUGAUUAAAAUAUGUUCUGUCUACUGUUAAUUUGUACUAGUCUCAUUUUGAUUUAGAACAGAAGUCUAUAAAAGGAGAACAGUCUGCAGAUAUUACUUUUAUUUCUUAAUCAUGAAGUUGAAUUUGUGUUAAGCAAAACAAACUUAGUGUGAAAAGAAGUCUGAGUUACUGAUUCUGAAGGUCGCUAUAUUAUUGUGGUUCAAACCCAUGGCUUACAGUUCAUUGAAUGGGUAUUUUAGUUACUAUGAAGUAACUAGGCAGUGUUUUUUUCUGGAAGUCAGAAAACCUUACCCCUUCUCAAAUUCAGAGCAACCUAAAAACCAACCUGAGGCAAGAGAAAGAAAGUCAGUUAAUUUAAAUAACUCAUACUGUCUUGAUUAAAAAUUCUUUGGGCUCCCUACCACCAUAAAUUCUUACAUGAAGAAAUAAAAUUUUCCUGAUGUCCACUGGACAAAAAUUUCAUAAAUGUAAGAGUGUUUUCUGUUCCAGUUUUGUGCGUGUGUCAGUUGCAUCUUUUCUCAGUUAAUUUUAUUUCUCCUAUGUGGACAUAGAGCAAGUUUGCCAAGGCAUGAUCUUUUAAUUGUCUAUUUUCUAAACAGGUUUAAAGAAAUGGUAUGUUAUAGUAAAAUUGGAAGUGUUAAAAGAUGCUUCUGUUAUGUUUAUUUUCUGCUGAUGCUUCAACUAAAGUGUCCUGUAUCUAAUCUAGUGGUUGAAAUACAUUUGGUUGGAUAAGUGAGGGAAGAAAAAACAAUCCCAGGAAACUCAGGAAAGAAAACCAUCUGUCCAAGGGUAACUGCUGUGAGAAAUUAAAUGGCAGUGCUAAUACAACAACCUGUGGAGAGAGAAGCAGAGUGGUUCUGCCACUUCUGCUGUCAGCUGCCCAUUGGACUGGUUUAGCUUUAAUGUGACAUUUUAGCUCUAUGUUUUGAAGAGAUACGAAGAAGUCUGUCACAUGUAUUAAUACAUGCAUUUGAAGGAAAAUAGGUUUUUUUCAGUAUGUCUGGAGUUCAUUUACCUGAGAGUAAAAUAGGCCAUUGUUAGGAGCUGAUGUAAAGCAAACCCAGAUGAGCACAAAGUGAUGAAGUGGCACUGUGAGAUGUAUUCUGACAUGUAAAUAUGUGUCUACAUUCAACUUAAUACAGAGCUUUUAAUCUGUUGUAUCAUCACUGCCCCAACGCAGCAGCUUAUUCCACGAGCAUAGCAUGGAGCUUUGUUUGCUACAUAAUGAUGUCCUCACAAGCCCUGUUUUAAAGUUCCUGAUCAUUGAAAAUAUUUCUAGAUUGUCUGCCCUACCCAAUGUCUGUUUCAACUGUACAUUGAGUUUCCUGCUGAAUUUCAAUCUGGGAGUUGCUCAUGUUGUGUUAAAGGCAGAGGAGGAUCCUCCAGAUAAGGUUUACCUGGGUAUCCAGACUGAAAUUGGUUUCAUAAAGCUGUUGAAUUCCUUUGUUGUUCUCAGGAGGGAGAUUUUUUUUGGGUGGAGGGGGAGGGGGGCAGGCAGCGAGGAGGGGACAGGGAGGAAGGGAAAGGCAAUGAUGUUUGUUUUCAACCAGCACUUCCUUGCUGCUUUUGGGUUUGGAGGUUGGUUUGGUUUUGUUUUUUUCUUAAGUGGAAAGUGUUUUCUCUGAUAUUUAGUGUAAAAUUUUAGUAUGCCAUUUAAAUAUCCCUUCUCUCUCUCUUUUGCAUACUUGUCUGUUUUUUUACAUGUACAGUAGCCUACUAAAAAAUUUAAAAAAAAAUUACAAGUAAUAGCUUUGAUAUAAUAUUUUCCCGUGAGAAUGUAGAAUGUUUAUGAGGCUACAUUUUUUAGGUGUGGGAGGUUAACAAGUAAGUCCUUUAAAAAUAAGUAGGCAGACAGUAAGCUUGCUUUCUGUUAACAACUCAAUGUUUAUUGUUAGCAGAUGCAGAUAUAUACUGCAGGUUGAUGUGUGAAGGAGAAUGUUUAAAAGGGAGAGUAUUAAUAUGGAGCAUAAUGCAGAAAAGAUAGGCAUAGAGCAUGCAUUUUUAUAGUAUGUUUUGUCUAAUCAAAGUAUCUAAAUUUUAGUAUAUGUAUUUUACUUUCAGGUUUAAGAUUUUAGGAUUGUAGUAGUAACCUAUUCUUUUUGCAUAAAUCAGCUAUUGUUUUGUGUUGAGUCUUGAUAAAUAAUAUUAAUAUAUGUAUAUAUAUAUGUGUAUAUAUAUUUAUACAUAUAAAUGUAUAAGGGGUUGAGAAUGCAUCAGAAGCAGCUCACUCUGCCAGGUCUUAUCUUUAUAUAUUCCUUAUAAAAGGAUGUCUUAAUUCGAUAACUGUUGUGGAUCUGCUGUACUUCAAGGGUGCAAAAUGUUAAGUAUGUUUGAUUUUUCAUUUUCC